CUGCAACUCCGCGUGAGCUCCCACCUCAUGCUUGCCUGUUCCGUUCCCUGGGCAGUUACUGCCGGUCUGUGGAAGGUGACAUCUCGACCGCCUCUGUCACCUCGUCCCCCAGACAUAUAACCCUCUGACCUCCCCUUGAUCUCUUGCCCCUCUUCUUUCCCUCCUCCCAAUCUCCUGUGUCACCUCCCCCCAACCCAGUUCUGUGGUUCAUUUGAUCUUUGAUCCAUCAUGGCUACCAAGGAAGAGCCUCUCCCUCCCGCUGCCUCACGCAACAACUCCCUCGCUCUCCGCACCACUGACGAUGUCAACCACAUCGAGGCUCCCGUCACCUGGAAGGCCUACCUCAUGUGCGCUUUUGCCUCAUUUGGCGGUAUCUUCUUCGGCUACGACAGUGGUUACAUCAACGGUGUUCUCGGCUCCGACAUCUUCAUCCACCAGGUCGAAGGUCCCGAUGCCACCGAAUUGUCCUCGUCACACCAGUCUCUCAUUGUUUCUAUUCUUUCAGCCGGUACCUUCUUCGGUGCUCUGAUCGGUGGUGACAUGGCUGAUAUCAUCGGUCGCAAAUGGACUGUCAUCUUCGGUUGUGUGAUCUACAUGAUCGGUGUGGUCAUUCAGAUGAUCACCGGUGUUGGCGAUGCCCUUGGCGUCAUUGUCGCUGGUCGUCUGGUCGCUGGUAUUGGUGUCGGUUUCGAGUCUGCCAUUGUCAUUCUCUACAUGAGCGAAAUUUGCCCCCGCAAAGUCCGCGGUGCGCUUGUCGCCGGUUACCAAUUCUGCAUCACCAUCGGUAUUAUGCUGGCCUCGAUCGUCGUCUACGCAACCGAGGGUCGCGAUGACACCGGUGCUUACCGCAUUCCCAUCUCCAUCCAGUUCGCUUGGGCCCUCAUUCUCGGCGGUGGUCUCCUCUUCCUACCCGAUUCCCCCCGAUACUUUGUCAAGAAGGGUAGACUUGAAGAUGCAACCAUUUCUCUGUCUAAACUCCGAGGCCAACCUCGCGAAUCCGAGUAUAUCCAAGUGGAGCUUUCUGAGAUCGUCGCCAACGAAGAAUACGAACGUGCCAUCAUUCCCGACGCAGGCUGGUUCCAAGGCUGGGCCAACUGCUUCAAGGGCGGUCUCUCGCAUCAGAAGAGCAACCUGCGCCGAACCAUCCUGGGAACAUCUCUGCAGAUGAUGCAACAAUGGACUGGUGUCAACUUCAUUUUCUACUACUCGACCCCCUUCUUGCAAUCUACUGGUGCCAUCUCGAACACCUUCUUGAUCUCCCUCAUUUUCACCCUCGUCAACGUCUGCUCGACCCCACUUUCCUUCUGGACCGUCGAGAGAUUUGGACGCCGCACCAUUCUCCUGUGGGGAGCUCUGGGAAUGUUGAUCUGCCAAUUCUUGGUUGCCAUUGUCGGCGUCUCAGUCGGCUUCAACCACACCCACCCCGACCCCAAUGACCCAGACAGCAGCCUUGCCAACAACAUCCCCGCUGUCAACGCACAGAUUGCCUUUAUUGCCAUCUUCAUCUUUUUCUUCGCUUCGACCUGGGGCCCUGGUGCCUGGAUCGUCAUCGGCGAGAUCUUCCCUCUGCCCAUCCGGUCUCGCGGUGUGGCUCUGUCGACCGCGUCCAACUGGCUCUGGAACACCAUCAUUGCAGUUAUCACACCUUACAUGGUGGGUAGCGAGCACGGCAAUCUCAGAUCCUCCGUCUUCUUCGUCUGGGGAGGUCUCUGCACUGCCGCCUUUGUCUAUACCUACUUCCUGGUGCCGGAAACCAAGGGUCUCACCCUCGAGCAGGUGGACAAGAUGAUGGAAGAAUCGACCCCUCGGACUUCGGCCAAGUGGCGACCCACUCGCACCUUUGCCUCAUCUGUCGCUAAGGACGGCAUCUUGGAGAAGGAGAUUGUCGAAGCCACGCGCCGAGGCUCAGCAUUCUAAGCUAAUCUACUCCUAGUGACUUGCCGUCAAUCAAACUAUACAUUCGCUUUGACUUGCUACACAGGCUGGCAUUGGGUAUUGGCGGUUGACGCAGGCUGACUUGGAUCACCUCCCAUAUCUUGUAACGAGCUGCAUCUCCAGAGAUGGCAUCCCUACUAUCCAUCCCUAAGAGAGACCAGCAGAUAAUCCGACUCAGAAAUGCAACUAUCUUUGCAACUGAAACCUUUAAUUCGUGACUAUAAUCUUCUUACCACCGUCGGUGUGACACAUAUGUUUUAGAUCUUCUCUGUGGUGUGGUAGAUGUUCCGGUCUAGACCUACGACCCCACGAAGGCAGGGCAGAUGUUUCGAUCAUGAUGUCCUAGUUAGUCGAAGGCAUUGACAGUAGCAAUGCAUGGAAUCCAGGUCUAGCAUCAAGUGACAGCAGUAUCCAACAGACAAGUCAUGGGAUUGGAUUGAUCAAUACCCUACUUACGACGGCUGGGUUCGACUUGAGGUGACGUUGAGACAGAGCCUGCGAUGGAGUGGGGCGGAGGAUCAAAGACGCGGAGUAUCGGGCAGUGCUAAGUACUUAGAGCGGGGGAGGAUGAAUGAGGAGAGCAGACACAAGGGAGGUUUUGCCGGAAGGAUUGUGGGGAUUUGAAGGAUUGAUCUGGAGGAACACGAGGGCAUAAGAAACAAG